UAAUAAUAAUAAUAAAUUUGUGGACCGUUUCUGGUUGGAAGUGGCGCUCUUUGGUUUAGUUGCGACCCGUACCGCGCGAGACCGACGCAGUCUCCAGCGGCCCCGAUUCUGGAUGGUCGAUGACAAACCCACCUCCACCGCCCUCACCACCAUCACUGCCGCGAACAGUUAACAAAAAUCCGCAGAACAGCUGAAACGAGAAAACGCCUUUUUUGUUCCCACCACGUCUCGGCCGUUUUCGUCUCGCGAGGAAGAAGAGGCCAGAAGAAGAAGAACGAGGAGGAGGACCGUUACCGACCCGCUCAGGAGUAUUUGUCACAAUUUGAUGAGAAUUUCGCUUGAGCCGAAAGCCCCGAGAUACUUAAUGACGUCGUUUAUUUAAACGCUUCUCGACCGCAUUCUCCAGAUAAGCAGAUUUCCGACCGACCUCAACGUCGACAAUGGACAAAAGGAAAUUAUCAACAUCAGGGGAUUCUCUUUACCUCAUCCUCGGCCUACCGAAGACGGCCUCACCUGAGGAUAUAAAAAAGACUUAUCGAAAACUUGCCCUCAAAUACCAUCCAGACAAAAACCCUGACAAUGUCGAAGCGGCAGAAAUGUUCAAAGAUGUUAACAGGGCCCAUUCCAUCCUUAGUGAUAUGACCAAGAGGAACAUUUACGACAACUAUGGCUCUCUUGGAUUGUAUAUUGCUGAACAGUUUGGCGAGGACAACGUCAACGCUUACUUCUUAGUUACAUCAAAAUGGUGCAAGUUACUUAUCGUCUUGUGUGGAUUAGUCACCGUAUGUUAUUGCGGCUGUUGCUGCUUUUGUUGCUGCUGCAACUUCUGCUGCGGGAAGUGUAAGCCACGGUCUCCAGAAGACAGUGGGAACUACCACACGUUACAUAGGGAGGGAAACAAUGCAGGAGACCCGGUGACUGCACAGCCUACCAAGCAUUCGAACCAGGAUUCAGACGAUGAGGGAGCUUGUGGCGACACAGUGACCUCCCAGCCAACUUCAGGAAAUGCCCAGAAUUUUAACGCCACCCACGAGCCGAGCGAAAACACCUCCCUGAAGACUUCAGAUCAGGUCACCUACACAACAGGUAGCAUGACCCAAAGCGGUUCACCAUAUCAUGUUGCGACUACUGGUGAAUCUAUCAAGUAAUUCCACGCUUCUACUUUCCACCAUUUGAUCUUUAUGAAUUGAGCCUUUAAAAUAAAAAAUGAAAAACGAAAAAAAAAGGAGCAAACAUUGAGCAAAAGAAUUGUAUGCUUCUGAUUUACGAAUGUUUCUUUUUAUCACUGUCUGGUUUGGAGGGGCGUUUCCUCUCCACCGAGAGCACGAAUUGUAUCCCUCAAUUGUGUCAGAAGUUAAAAGCAACAUAUUUAUCUUUAAAAUUGAAAUUAAAUUAGUUCUAUGUCGUUUUUAAAGACAGGAUUUGAAAAUAUAAGUCUUAGGGAUAUAUUAUUGUCAUAUACAUAAACGAAUAAUAUUUAAGAAUAAUA